CAUUUCCUUAAUUUUAGGGCAACUGGUUCUGCUUUUAGCAUACGACGUAAUCGUAAUCGACUAAAAUAGAAAAGUGUCAUUAAAUUGCUAACCAUGUGUUUUCUCACUAUAAUCCGGACACCACUAUAACUGUCAAAUGCUAAAUGUCAAAUGAAUCUAUCUUGUUGACUUGACGUGAGUGAACUGCGAAUAAAUAAAAUUGUUAUUUCCUUUAUUUAUAUUGAAUGCGUGUUAAGUUAUUUAGCAUACUAUUUGUUCUUUGUAAAGGUAUCUCUUUUUGUAGGUAUUGAGAAAAUUAUGAAUUGAUACCAUAAGGUUUGUCCGUCUAACAAAAAUAAAUGUUAGGGGUGGAGAAUAAAAUUGUUUUGCAAUAAGAAAAAUAGGUGAUAAAGGGCUUAAUCAUGCACGAGGCAUAUGAAAUAUCUCAUCUGCUCAAUGCAACUGUCCAAAUUGAAGCUAUAGCUGCUUAUGAGAACAAUUUACUACUGGGAACAAGACAAGGUCAUCUGUUGAUGUAUUCAGUGUCUCAGGCAAAUGGGAACCAAAAGUAUGAGUUGCGUUUGCUUCGAUAUUGUAAAAAUUUCAGUAAGAAGCCCAUAAAUCAGAUAGAAGUGAUACCAGAGGAAAACUUGCUGCUAUGUCUAACUGAUAAUGUCCUUUCUACUUACAACAUAAAUGGUGUUAAUUUUCCAUUAGUAAAGACAUUUGAUCAGACAAAGGGAGCUUCAUUAUUUGCAUUAGAUAACAAGCCAACGACAUCAAUGACAGGUGAAUCUAAUUCUGUUGUCCGUCUUUGUGUUGCUGUAAGAAGGAAACUGCAGUUAUAUUAUGGCAAGAAUGGAGAAUUUAAACAGCACUUAUUUGACUUCAACAUCCCAGAUGUUCCAAAGGUCAUGUCUUGGGGCCAACAGUACCUGUGUCUGGGUUUUAAAUCUGAAUAUGUGUUGUAUGAUCUCUCAUCAGGAAAUCCAAAUGAGUUGUUCCCAACAAGCAGCUCAAAAUUUCUAGAACCAACUGUAGCUAAGUAUUCAGAGACGUCAUUCCUGCUUGGCCGCGACCAAACAUCCGUGCUUGUGGAGGAGGCUAAAAAUAUAGACAUAAAGAAAACUAUUAAAUGGUCUGAAGCCCCAAUUGCUGUUGUGUGGGAUGAACCUUAUGUAUUAGGGCUGAUAUCGGAUCAAGUGAUUGUACAGACUGUGGAACCAGCAUUGUUUAUACAAACCCUACCAGAACUGAAUAAAGCAAGACUGAUGUAUAGAUGUAAGCGAGGACUGAUUUUCGUGUCAUCAGUAGGACAAGUAUGGUGUUUAAGCUCUGUUGACAUCACGAAACAGAGGCAGCAGUUGCUGAAGGACAAACAUUUCCAGAUUGCGAUUGAAUUGACGAGCCUUUCAGAUUGCACACCAGAAGAAAAAGAACAAAAGAUACAUUCCAUUAAAGUACUGUACGCUUUAGAGCUUUUCGAAAUGAAGCUAUAUUCACAAUCCAUGAAGGAAUUUCUCAAACUGGGCACAGAUCCUGCGGAGGUCAUCAAACUGUUCCCAGAACUUGAUGGCAAGACUGAUGAUGAGAAGGAGAAAACGAAGAAGUUGACGGGUAGGGAUCUGGAGACUGCUUUGACGGCGCUGAUAGAGUAUUUAAAGCAAUUGAGGGCUGAUAUAGGGUUUCCAGAGAGUCGUGCUGAAGGCGCCGGACACAGAAACGUGACGCAACAGUUAGAAUUAAUUGACACUACCUUGUUGAAGUGCUAUUUACAGGUCAACGAUGCCUUAGUCGCUCCACUUUUGCGCGUAAACAACUGCCGUUUAGAAGAAGCUGAAAAGAUGCUCCUUCAGCACAGCAAGCACAGCGAACUUAUCAUUCUGUAUCAAACCAAGGGACAGCACAUGAAAGCGCUUCAGCUGCUGAAAGAGCAAGCCAAAGAACCAGAUUCCAGCUUAGAAGGUUAUCAAGGAACCAAGAAUUAUUUACAGCAACUUGGUGCUGAACACAUAAAUUUAAUUUUCGAAUUCUCAGACUGGAUUUUAAAGGAGCAUCCUGAAAAAGGCCUGAAAAUCUUCACUGAAGAUAUUGUCGAAGUAGAAAACUUGCCUCGCCCAAAGAUUCUAGACUUCCUGCUGAAGAAACACAACUCUCUAGUAAUACCUUAUUUAGAACACGUCAUACAUACUUGGAACGAUAAUAGCCCACUGUUCCACGACGCUUUAAUUAACAUGUACAGUGAGAAAAUAACGAAUAAGAAAGAAAACGCAACAGAAGCAGAAAUAGAACAUACUAAAGCGAAAUUAGUAGCGUUUCUAGAGAAAUCCACUCAUUAUACACCUGAGAGAUUUGUAUUACAUUUCCCGAAAGAUGGCUUUUUUGAAGAAAGAGCUAUCAUUUACGGUAAAUUAGGUCGACACGAACAAGCACUCGCGAUUUAUGUAUUGAUUUUAGGGGACGUAGAACGAGCUAUACGAUACUGUGAGAAUGUCUGCACUAAUGGCAACAAUAAGAACCAAGAUGUCUAUGUGAUAUUAAUGAGGAUUCUUAUGAAUCCGAGUCAAGACAGUGCGCUUAGCGGGCCUCUGGCUGAUGUUCCGCGGCAUCCGAAGACAGCGUCGCCAGAUUUGGAAACAGCCCUUGAUAUAUUGGAGAAACAUGCUGAUAAAAUAUCACCGUUAAAGGCUUUAUCGGUGUUGCCAGACUCGGUUCCUUUGAGUCGCUUGAAGCACUUCUUAGAAAGCGCUCUAGACGGCCAACUGACGCUAAAGCGACGAAUGCAGAUCCUCAAAGGAUUAUUGUAUGCUGAACAUAUGCAGGUACAAGAACUGAAACAGUUUCACGAGUCGAAGAGCGUUGUGAUAAAUGAUUACAAUGUCUGCCUUGUGUGUAAGAAACGGUUUGGGAAUCAAAGCGCUUUUGUGAGGUAUCCUAACGGCGAGAUCGUUCAUUUUAAUUGUCGACUAGACAAGUAAUAUGACAACAUGGUACUACUGAGCAGACAAUGAUUAUGCUGACCAGAGGGCCUAUUACCCCCCCCCCCCUUAAAAGUAAAAAAUAUCGUAUCGCGGCGUCUUUUCCGCAAGUUUAAUGGUAAUACUUUAGAGGAGGUUGAAUGCUCUCUAAAGCCUUCUAAAGCAGAACCGUUGCCAUUGUGAAAGGUGUCUAUAAUCUAUAUGCACUGACCAGAGAACCUAUUACCCCCUCUUAAAAGUAAAAAAGUAUUAUUAUUUCGUUGUGCGAGCGUGACAGCCUUACACACUGUAUAGAGCGGUAUUUCUCUUCCACAAUUUUAAUAGUAAUACUUUAAAAGGGGUGGUAGGCUCCCCGUAUUACAGGCUUUUAAAAGUAAGCAUUGGUUGUCCCGUGGAACCCCGCUUGAGUAAGGGUUUCAGAGUUUGUGGGUCUGCUCAUUGCAGCGUCUCGUUUCCACUUGACAGCUCUUACCUUAAGAUUUAGUGAUCAUAUUUUUAAUUCACUGUGCUGCUCGAAAAGGUUUUCCACAACGCCACACUCAAUAACCACGACGUGCGUGGGUUCGAUUUCCGCGGAGGACAAACAUUUGUCUGAUUUGUCCCGAGUCUUGGUUUCUUUGUGCAUUUGACUUUGUUGUUUGUGAAACCCGACUCAAAGAUUUAUCUGUUAGUGAGGGAGUCGUUUUUUUUAAACCUUAUGUAACCUAUUGCCAGCAUGCUCAUGACAACCAAUAGUUGAGUAGUCAUUUUUUAAGAAAAUAAAUAGUCCAUCGUCAGCUCAGUAUCUUGAUACCACUUGCCCCAUCUGCUUUUGGUAAUCACACGUCACUCGUAACUACUAUAUUGAUAUCAAUGCGAAGCAAUAAAGUUAUUUUUUUAGUUUGUCCAGUGACGUGCGAUCUACCUUAACGUGAUUUAAAAUACUUUUUUCAAAAACCUUUUCUACAUUCGUUAACAAAAUUCAAUCAUUCGAAAAGCCUAUCUCUGAUAGAGCAAAGAACGUAAUUAAUAUUUUUUUUUAACCCUCGGUAAAAUUUAGGACAUUUUGACAUUUCCAGUUGCUACUGCUUUAAUUGUAGAAGGUAAUUAAAAAAAGUAUUUUAUUUUAAGUAGCUAGUAUAUACAGCUGUUUAAAAGGUAUUAAAUGAAUUAAUGUACAGAAUUUAUGAAUAUUUAGUGGGAUAUAGUUGUGUGUAUAAAUGUAGCCAUUGUAUCUGUAUGUUUGUAAUAUUAGCCAAUGUAUAAAAAUGAUUGAAUUAUUCUAUUAUACAAAUAAUAUAUGGUAAA